ACUUUGCACGUGGCCGACCCAAGUGGAGAGAGCCUGAGAGCGCCCAUCAUGUCCAGCAGCACUUACGGGAAACUGUGGCGGGAGUCGCGGCUGACCCUGAAGGAGCUCCUGGCCCAGGAGCUGCCCGCCCAGCCGCCGAAGCCCGAGCGGAACCGGCCGCUGUUCCUGCACGCCGUGGCCACCCUCUUCCUGCGCUACGUGCAGGUGGCCCGGCGCCUGGAGGCCUGCUACGACCAGAUGGUGCAUCCCCAGAAGCGCCUGCUGCUGCGGCAGCUGCUCGACGCCGUGCUGGGACGCAUCCUGGAGCUCAAGCAGGAGCUGGUGGAGCUGGACCUCUCCGAGUACCACUACAUGGACCACGUGCUGCAGGAGCUGCGCUUGACGCCGGCGGAGAUGGAGCUGCCGAUCCCCAAGUAUUUCCUGCGGGAGAGUGCCAAGAUCCGGCAGGAGCGGCAGGAGCGGCUGACGCGCAUCCUAGCCCACGUGGCUCCGGGCAAGGCCGUGGCCCCGCUGCGAUCCGGGAUGGCGCGAGAGGAGGCGGUGAGGCUGAUCCAGAUGGCCGAGCGGAUGCGUCAGGGCAGGCUGCGGGCUCGCUUCAUGUGGGAGAUCCGACGGGACGAAGAGCGCGAGAGGAAGGUGCGGGAGAGCGGCCUUGGCGAACCCGACCGAGAUAAAGCCGCCGUGUGCAUCCAGAAGAUCUGGAAAGGGGCCAUGCAGCGCCGGAUCACCAGGUUGGUGCACCAGCACGAGAUGACCUUCAUCGGGAUGGCCUUGGAGCCGCAGCUGAUGGGCCCCACCCCGGCCACGAUUCGCGCGCAGCUGGGCGAAGAGUUCAGGCGCAUGCGCCAGGCGGACUACGAGGCUGAGUACCAGGAGGCUCUGGACAAUGUCCGUGACACCCUCUACGAGAUGGAAGGACCGAGCAUGCGCGAGGAACUGAAGGAGCAGCUGCGCCAGUGGUUCAUCGAGUGCCAUGACCUGACUGGCCGCUUCCCCGACUUCCCCGAGGAGGAAAUUGGGGGCUGCAGCAUUCUCUUUGCUCAGAGGACCCCAGAAGAGGUGAGGGCUGAGCUGGACCUGGCAGAGCUCAAGAUGGACAGUAAGAAGAAAGAAAAGGAGAAGCAGAAAGGCAAGAAGGAGGGGAAAGAGCAGGGCAAGAAAGGCAAGGGCAAGAAAGCGGAGGAAGAUGAAGGGUUGAAGCUCUCUCCUUCCAAGUUCCUGACAACCAUCAACCAGAACUUCUCACAGUACACAAGCUUCUGGGGCGACCAGGAUGAAGUCAUCAACUUUGAGCAACGCUACCAGCCAGAGAUCAUCAAGACAGAGAAGCGGAAAGAGGUGGAGGUGGAGAUUCGGCUCCAGGUGGAUGAGCUGAUGCGGGAGGAGCUGAAGAAUCUGCGGCUGGCCGUGGACCUGGAAGAGACCAAAGCGCCGAAGCCCCGCAAGCCCAAGAGUGCCAAGAAAAAAAAGGGGAAGAAAGGCAAGAAGGAGAAAGAUCUGACGCCGGAGAGGACGAUUGAUUCCCUCUAUGAAGAGCUGGUGCUGCAGGGAAUCGUCAAGAGGCCCCAGAAGGUGCACCUGGCAGACUAUUCAGGUGACUUCUGCUACCUGGGUACCAUCUUACGCCAGCAGGAGAUUGAACCGAUACCCUCCAUGUUGGACGUGCGCCAGAACAUUGCCAUGUAUGCCAUCCUUCGUCUGGGUUCUCCGACUGUGCAUGAGCUGGCGCCCCUGGUGAAGUCUAUCCUCCUGGCAGGGCCAGCAGGCACCGGGAAGAAGAUGCUGGUCCACGCGGUGUGCACUGAGACCGGUGCCAACUUCUUUGACCUCUCACCGGACAACCUGGCUGGGAAAUACCCAGGCAAGAGCGGCCUCCAGAUGAUGGUCCACUUGGUGCUUAAGGUGGCCCGGAUCUUGCAGCCCUCCGUCAUCUGGGUGGGGAAUGCCGAGAAGACGUUUUACAAGAAGGUCCCCAAAGAGGAAAAAGAGCUCGACCCCAGGCGGCUGAAGAAGGACCUGCCCAAGGCCCUGGGCCUGCUGAAGGCCGAAGACCGGGUGCUGCUGAUGGGCACCUCCAACAAGCCCUACCUGGCGGACGUCAAGGGGCUCUGCAAGGCCUACGAGCGGAUCCUGCUAAUCCCGAGGCCAGACUACGCCUCGCGCUAUGCGAUCUGGCAGCGACUCAUCCAGAGGCACGGCGGCGUGGUCACCAGUAGCCUGAACCUCAGCGGCCUGGCCAAGGUGUCGGACGGCUACAGCCAGGGCAGCAUGGCGCAGGCGGUGCAGACGGUGCUGAGCGAGCGGCGGCUGCUGCAGCUUCCCAAGCGGCCUCUGACCGCCAGCGAGUUCCUCCAGAUGCUGGCCAGGGCGGACCCCAUCUACGCCGAGGAGGAGGAGAUGCUGAAGGUUUUGUAAAUUGUGGACGCUGCCAGUCAUUUAAUGGUACUAGAGAAAGACAUGCUGUUCUGGUCGCUCCAGGUCUUAACACUCACAUCCAUUUCAGAGGAUGAAUACAACGGAAGGAAGCCCGGGUGGGUGCGUGGCUGGGGGAGUCAGUCAUGUGACUUGCCUCUGGGGCCCCCCCAAGGCAGUGGGCCCCCAGACAACUGUCUCCCCUUGCCCAAUUAUAGCUACGCCCCUGCCUUGGAGCUGCUGGACCCCAGCCUCCCCUGCCCUGCCCCAUCCUCUCUCAGCUGACUGCAGCCCCCAGAGUCCAGGGGGAGGCCCUGCUGCAACAGCAGCUGUCACCACUGGGUGGGGCUCUUGAUCCCACACACCCCUCCCUCCCUGGCAACGGACAAGGGCCCUUCUUCCUUCUGUGGAAGCUCCUUCCAGAUGCUGUCAGCGCAGCUCUUGUGGUGUCUCUCUGCAGGACUGGUACACCAAGACCCCGCUGGGCAGGAAGAAGCUGAAGGCAGAGGAGGAAAAGCUCAGGGCAGCUGAGGCGAAGGGGAAAGACAAGAAGAAGAAGAAGAAAUA